CUAGUCCCAAAAGAAACCUCAAUCCACCAUUUUCCCUUUGUAACUAACCGGUGUCCAAAACACGUGCGUACUAUCAAGUUACAUGGAAUUCUUAAUUGUUCGCGUUUAAAUCUAUAUAACGACUAUAAUAAAAAAGUGCAGCGCGCUUUUAUUCAACAGUCACACAUCUUAAAUAAACAAAAUGAACACGGAGAAGCUGAAAAAACUGCAGUCACAGGUGCGCAUCGGCGGUAAGGGUACUCCUAGGCGCAAGAAGAAGGUUGUCCAUGCGACGGCCGCGACAGAUGACAAAAAGUUACAGUCAUCAUUGAAGAAGUUAUCAGUCAAUACAAUUCCUGGCAUCGAAGAAGUUAAUAUGAUCAAAGAUGAUGGAACGGUAAUUCAUUUCAAUAACCCUAAAGCACAGGCAUCGCUCGCGGCGAAUACCUUUGCUAUUACUGGACAUGGUGAAAACAAACAAAUUGCGGAGAUGCUGCCCGGUAUCCUCAGCCAGCUAGGCCCUGAAGGGCUCAACCAGCUUAAAAGGAUAGCAUCAAGUGUGGCUGCUCCAAAGCCUAUUGACGAAGACGACGAAGUACCUAACCUAGUCGGUAACUUUGACGAGGCUUCAAAGCAAGAAGCAAAGGAAGUCAUUACUGAAGAAAAGGAAAAAGAGAAAGAGGAAAAGAAACCUGAGGCUGAAACCAAAGUCUCCGACAAGAAGACAGAUUAGACAUGAUUAGUUUUUAAAUGCUCAUUUAAAGUGAACGCUAGGGUUUCCAAAGCAGUGAGAUGUGUCUCAAAUUUGUUAUGUUAAUACACGUUUGAAUUAAUCAUUUCUUUGAUGUUUUGGUGACGGUGCCUUGUGGACUCAUGUCUUUGGAAGCCUUCAUCCAUGCUAUACCUUGCACUAACAAUCUUGUUUCAUAAGUGUUGUAAAAACUGUUAAUAUUGGCAAUAUUAAGUACAUAAGUUUAUUUGAGUCAUAGAUGUCAGUAUAUUUUAACUAUGUAAAAUCUGGUUCGCUUUCAAUACAACUUAGAUGCUCUUCCUAGAGCCAAUAUUAUAUAAAAUAUAAAAAUUGAAAAAUGUGUAAAACGGUUAAAGUUUUUGUUAUAAAUAUGUGACAUAAACUUUAAUCUCUGAA